AUGGGGCAACGGACCGUGUUUGAGUCCGGGCCCCCAGGGCUGCGCAGCGGUCUUGGUCAGCAGUCCUGCCCGGUGCCCUGCGCGAGCACGAUGGGCGCCGGGCCGGGCGGGGGGGGCCGUGGCGGUGCCCGGGGGGAUCCCGCUCCCGCCCCGCCCAGCCCCGCCCCGCCGCUCCGCUCCGCCCGCCCGCCCCUCCCCGGCCGGCGCCUGUCCCCUCCCUCCGCUCCGCAGCCGGGGCGGGGGGCUGAGAGCCGGGUCCGGCGGAGGGGGAGGCAGAGGAGGAGAGGCGGGCGAUGGGGAAGGAGCCGCGGCGGUGAUCCUCCGGGCAUCGCGCGGGAGAAGGAGGGGGUGGCGGGAGGGGGCGAAGAGAGACGAAGCAGGACGGGGGAGGGCGUCCCCGGCCCCCGCCCCUCUCCGCCGCGCCGAGGAGGGAGGGCGGACCACGAUGCCCGGCCGGCGGGCGCUGCCCGCCCGCCCGCAUGGAGACCGCCGCCCGUAGCGGGGCUGCCGCGCCGCACCGCGGGGGCUAGGAAUGUUCUGGAAUGGCAGGUCAGAAGAAGGGCAAUACAAAUGGUUUCCCAAGGACGAGGGAAGGGCAUGUUCAUUGCGCCGUGGGCCUCGUGCUUCCCUCUGCUGUGCAACCGAGAGAAAGGCACGGGCGUGCGGAAACCGUUUCUCGAGACGUGAUCUUCUGAAAUGUUAGUGUGGGCCUAGCUGGAGCGUACUGCCCUAGCAUCACCACUGUCUAUAAGACAAAUCUUAUGAAAAGAUCCACUUUAGAUGGAUGAGUGUAUUGGGUUGGUGUGGCAAGGUUUUGGUAGCAGGGGAGUUACAGGGGUGGCUUCUGUGAGAAGCUGCUAGAAGCUUCCCCUAUGUCUGACAGAGCCAAGGCCAGCCGGCUCUAAGACGGACCCGCUGCUGGCCAAGGCCGAGCCCAUCAGCGAUAGUGGUAGCGCCUCUGUGAUAACACAUUUAAGAAGGGGAAAAAAGUUGCAGGGGGCACAGAAACGGCAGCCGGAGAGAGGAGUGAGAACAUGUGAGAGAGACAACCCUGCAGACCCCCAGGUCAGUGAAGAAGGAGGGGGAGGAGGUGCUCCAGGCGCCUGAGCAGAGAUUCCCCUGCAGCCCGUGGGGAAGAUCAUGGUGAGGCAGGCUGUCCCCCUGCAGCCCACGGAGGUUCACAGUGG